ACUGCUUAGACUUCUACUUUUAGCGGACAUGUCGUCUGUAUUCCGCUCAAGGACGGCUCGAAUAACACUUUCGAAUCUUUCGCCCGGACCAAACUCACAGCACGCGCAAAAACGCCUUGGUAGAGGUCAAGGCUCUGGUCGCGGAGGAACGUCCGGACGAGGUCACAAGGGCCAGAAGGCUCGCGCAGGUAAUGGCAAACCGAAAGCUGGAUUCGAGGGUGGUCAGACACCGAUUACGAAGAGGUUCCCGAAGAAAGGCUUUGUAAAUCCCAACCGGAAGGUGUACGCGCCCAUUAACCUGGACCGGAUACAGUAUUGGAUCGACCAAGGUCGACUACAAUCAUCGCCUGAGAACCCUAUCACAGCCCGCGAAUUGCUGUUGAGCGGAUGCAUUCAUAAUGUACACGAUGGAAUUAAACUUCUGGGCGACAAUGCUCCAUUUUUGAAAACGCCCAUUCAUAUUGCUCCUUCCCGUGCAUCUCAAAGUGCCAUCAAAGCGGUCGAGUCCGUUGGAGGAAGUGUCUUCUGCCAAUACUACAACCCAUUGGCUCUUCGUGAUUGUGUCAAAGGCCGUGCAGAUCGUAUUUCAGCAGCACCAACUCGUCGCACGGACAUUUUGUGGUACACUAACUGGCGCAACCGAGGAUAUCUUUCUCCUGAAGCUAUUGUGAAAAACCCAAAAGUGGAGGAGCGAUGGAAGGAACUGUCUAAGCAGUUGCUCUCUUUCAAGGACCAGACUUUCGAUACUAAGGGCCUCAAAAAGGUGUAGAUAUGCUAGGUAGACUAUAAUACAUUCAUGGGUUCGAUGUUCAUCCUAUCUGGAGACAUACUUCCAC